CACCGCAGCCACCUCCCCGCCAGCUCUCCCUGCAGGCUCCGCCGCCCGACCUCGUGCCCAGCCCCAUGGCCCGCGCCGCCACCCCCGCUGCCUCCUGCGCUCCCCGGCUCCUCCGGGCGGCGCUGCUGCUCCUGCUCCUGGUCGCCGCCGGCCGCCCCUCCACAGCGGCGCCCGUGCUCAGUGAACUGCGCUGCCAGUGCUUCCAGGCCCUGCAGGGCGUCCACCUCAAGAACAUCCAAAGUGUGAAGGUGACGUCCCCGGGACCCUACUGCGACCAGACCGAAGUCAUAGCCACUCUCAAGAAUGGGCAGGAAGCCUGUCUCAACCCCACAGCCCCCAUGGUUAAGAAAAUGAUCGACAAGAUGCUAAACAAGUGAGUUAUGGUUUCUGUCUACACACGUGACUGGAGUCCUUGGUCACACAUGCUGGCAUCUGUCCCCUGAAGAUUAGAUCAGAGAAACCCAGGGUUUAGCUGAAUGACUG